AAGACUGUGAGACAUUGGGGAUUGCACUUUUCAUUUCAGCGGCGGAAUGGGAAAACGAGAGAAGCAAAAGCAGAAGCAGAAACAUGAGAGAGACAGAGGUCAUCGUGGAAGAGGCUCCUUCAACCAUCUUCAAGAAGAAGACGACAUUGACGACACUGCUCCCUUCUCUUCUCCCUCUUCUCCAGGGCACUCCCCCUCCGAAGAAGAAGAAGAAAAUGAAGCAACCCAAAAUCAUGAAUACCCAUCACAUGAUACACCAUCGAAAUUCCUCCUUUACCAACAAUCUGUGCAGUCUCCCAAAGGAGACAUUAGUUAUCUGCAAAAGUUCUUUCUCAUGUACGUUGGUGGAAGGAUGCCCCUCCAUCUUCAAGAAGAUUUCUGUGGCACCGCGUUUCUUAGUACAGAAUGGCUCCGUAGUGAUCCAAGAAGGACUGCAGUAGGAUUAGAUUUAGAUCUUGAGGCACUUAAUUGGUGCAUGGAAAACAACAUACCUAAAGUUGGGGCUGAUGGAUUUUCUAGAAUGUCCCUCUUUCAUGGGAAUGUCUUGCAACCUCUUCAGUCUAAACUUGUGAAAAUUGAUCCUCAGGAGCUGGUAAGAAACAUUUCACUGUCACAGAAUAGAGAAAAUUUGCCGACUGGGGUGCCAGAAUCUGACAUUCAGCCAGGCUCUGUUGCUCAAGAUGAUAAGUUUACCAAGAGAGACUUUCCAUUGCCUGGAAGAGAUAUUGUGUGUGCUUUCAACUACAGCUGCUGUUGUCUUCAUAAACGAGCAGAUUUGGUUUUGUAUUUCAAGCAUGCUUGUGAUGCCUUGUCAAAUAAAGGUGGGAUUUUUGUAAUGGAUUUAUACGGGGGUACAUCUUCAGAGAACAAGUUAAGGCUUCAGAGAAGAUUCCCUAAUUUUACGUAUGUGUGGGAGCAAGCUGAAUUUGACAUUAUUCAACGGAAAACCAGGAUUAGCCUCCAUUUUCAUAUGAAGGAUCAGAGAAAACUUCGGCAUGCAUUUUCAUACAGCUGGCGGCUGUGGACAUUGCCUGAGAUCAGGGAUUGCUUAGAAGAGGCUGGAUUUAGGUCCGUUCACUUUUGGGUUCGAGAGAUGCCCGACACCACGGAAAUUGUAAAAUCAGAGGGAUUUGGUGUGGGAAAGGAUGUAAAAUAUGAAGAAGCAACCAGUUUUGAGCAACAAGAUUCUUGGAAUGCAUACAUAGUUGGUGUUCCAUAGCUACAUCUUAGAGAAUGUAGUUUCUGUUACAUUUAUUUUGUCAUGACUAGACAAGCAUGGCUUGUAAUCAGUUUCAUUGCUUGGAACUCUUUUUCUCUUGUAUUUAGUUGGCUUUAAGACAUAACACGCUAAUUUUUAAAGGCACAUCCAUCUCAUGUUUGGUAUGAAAAUUCAUCAAUUAAUAUAUCUCUAUCCU